AUGUUGGUUUGGCUGGACAAUACCAUGAGUGAGCAGCGACAAGGACAUAUCAACCUCUCGACACAGAGAUCGGGAUAUGAGCACGAAUGUACUAGGUUGCAUCAUCUUGGUCCCAAUGCUUUGCAGGGACACGCAUGCGAAGUGACUGGUAGCCAGAGUGCUAUCCGUGGAUAUCGUUCUCCGACCGCCAGGCAUGAAUCACCUGCGAUAUAUCCAGGAGGUGAAAGUGAAAGGAAAGAUCGAGAGACGACUUUGUGGGAGAACAUGUUGGAUGAAUUCGACUGGCACCAGGAGCCUUCGGGCUUCGUUUGUAAAUGA